AAACAAGCGUUAAAAAAAUAAUGAGUAAUUUUUUGUUAACGCACUAAUACAAUAUUAGCAUUAAUAAAAAAUGUCUCAAGUCAGUGCUCUAUCUUUGGUAUUCUUACUCUUUGGUUUUAUUUAUGGUAUCAAUGGCCAUGGUAUGAUGUUGGAACCUCCAAACAGGAGUUCUUUAUGGAGAUUUGACGAGACAUCAGUAAAAAAUUACGAUGAUAAUGCCAAUUUUUGCGGGGGAUUUUCUUAUCAAUGGGAGUUAAACGAUGGUAAAUGUGGGGUCUGUGGUGACCCAGUAAAUGAACCUCACCCCCAACGUAAUGAAAAUACCGGUAUAUUUGGUCAGGGUAAAGUUGUAAGGACAUAUGAAUCUGGAAGUGUCAUAAAUAUAUCAAUUUUAAUCACUGCAAAUCAUUUGGGCGACUUCUCUUACAGUUUGUGUAAGUUAGAAGAUCCCAAUGCCCCAGAAUCGGGAGAGGAAUGCUUCCAGCCUUUGAAAUUUGCCAAUGGUUCUGAUAUAUUUCAAAUAUAUCCUUUGGAUUUUCAUGUCGAAAAUCAAGUGGUUUUGCCUGAAAAUAUCACCUGUGACAGAUGUGUACUAAGAUGGCACUACCAUACUGGCAACAGUUGGGGUGUUUGCGAGGACGGGUCAGGUGCUGAUGGUUGUGGUCCGCAAGAAGUAUUUAGGUCCUGUUCUGAUAUUGCUAUAGUUUAGAUUUCCUAUAUACAGAGAUACCUAUAUACAACAAGUAAGAUAGAGACAAAUUUAUUGUAAAUGUAUUGUAAUUGAUAUCAAUAUUAUUAUUAUUUUUUUUUUAUUAUUAUAAUUUCUGAUACUGUACAAGUUGUUAGGGUUAUGAAUUUAUAUAUUUAUUAAUUCAACAUUGUAAAUUGUAUACAAGAAUUCG